UUAUUGUUUUUGUUUAAAUGUACAAUACCACAGCUGUUUGCCAUAAUUUACGUAAAACUUGCAUUUUGCAAAUUUUACUAAAUUAAUUGUAAAUUAAAAUGGCAAAAAAUGUUUUAAUUGGUGGUGGUACUGGUUUUAUUGGCUCACGACUUUCUGCACACUUAGGUAAACAAGGAUAUAAUGUGACGGUGAUAUCGCGUAUGCCAGGAUUAAAGCGUAUCACUUGGCAUGAUUUAGAAAAAAAUGGUGUACCAAAAGGUACAACGGCUGUGGUGAAUUUAGCUGGGCAAAAUGUAUUGGAUCCAAGCAGACGAUGGACUGAGGGUUUUAAACAAAAUGUGUGGAAUUCGCGUGUUAAUACAAGUGCAGCACUGUCCAAGGCGAUUACCAAUUCACCAGAAGUAAAAGCAUUCGUUAACAUAUCGGGUGUUAGUCACUACAAACCAACUGAAAGAAUUUAUACUGAGAAUGAUAAAGUGGAAGGUUUUGAUUAUAUGUCACAUUUAUGUUUGGAAUGGGAAAAAGCUGCAACUUUGUCACCCGAAGCAGCAAAACACUGUCGAGGCACAAAAAUUCGCAGUGGUGUUGUUAUAGGAAGAGAAGGAGGCAUGAUAAAGUCAAUUUGGUUGCCAUUUCAAUUAGGAUUAGGCGGUCCUUUAGGAACAGGAAAGCAAGUAUUACCUUGGAUACAUAUCGAAGAUUUAUGUCGACUUAUUCAACAUAGUAUUGAAGAUGAGAAAUGCGAAAAUGUCUUAAAUGGUGUUGCACCCGAAAUUGUAACAAAUGGCGAAUUUUCUAAGACAUUUGCAUCAACAUUGCACCGUCCCUGUCUUUGUCCUGUGCCAGAGUUUGUCGUAGAAACCAUUUUUGGUAAGGAUCGUUCAUCGUUGCUGUUAACAGGAGCUAAAAUUAAGCCUGAAAGCACAUUACAGACAGGCUUUAAGUACAAUUACCCAAGCGCGCAGGAAGCUUGCAAAGAAGUUAUUCGAAAGCUUUAAUAAUUUUUUUAUUAAAGCAUAACAUAAACACCAAAAAUUUGUAAAUUAUGAAAAUAUCACUAUUACUUAAUUUAUAUUGUAUCUUGUUUAUAUCAUAAGUUAAUACAUUAUAACUAAAAAUGAUAUUGCAUGAAUUUAGCUAGUUUUUAUGGCAAAUUGCUAAUUAAUCAUUCAUUUGAAUCAUGUUAUGUUAAUUAUAAUAAAUUAAUUUUAGUUAAUA